AUGUGGCGACGUACAUUAUUUGAUUUCUCCUCCGGGCCACAACGGUGUUUACCUCCCGGUAUCUACAGCAGUCUAUACACUCAACAUGUAUACUUCUCUCAUCAACAACAACAACAACAACAAGGAAAAGAUAAAAAGAAGAAGAUAAUGAAGAAAGAAGAAAAAGUAUGGGGUUCAUAUCGUAUUAAUAGAGAUCCAAUAGCCGCCCAACGUCGAAAUGCCUUUCAAGAAUAUAUUCAUCAUAAAAAUGCGGAUUUUGUAGGAACAGAAUCCUCCAGAUUUAUCAAUUUCUCUGCAGUUUCAUCAAAUGCCUUUGGAUUUGUGGAGGAAAAAGAAGAGAAUAUUGCCCCUAAACGACACUUAUUAGAAACGAUUGAAGUACGCCCAACCAAGAGUAGUUUAUCUGAAGAUACCACAACUAUAAAAAGAGGAAAAAGUCGAAAAGAAGAAAAAGAAAAAGGAGAAAAAGGAGACAAUGAUGAUAAUAGUGAUAAUAGUGAUAGAUCUCAACAAUCUCAACAACAACAACAACAACGAGAACUAAACCCUUUAAGGCGAGGUCAGCGAGAUCUUCAACGGCUUCAACGUCGAGUUUCAAACUAUACACAUACAGUAAAGCAGCAACAAUUAAGGGAGGAAUAUCAACGGGCAUUACUUAUACUUGAUGAUAUUCUUACAGCUCUUCAGGGAAGUGUACCUUCUAACUCUAUAAAGAAAAGUAAUCGUUUAAAUUCAUUACAUCAAGAGAAACAAGGAUCUUUAUUAUCAGAGGCGGUACGUUUUGAACGUUUACAUCAACUUCGUGAUACAACGAGUCGAUUAACGACAGCACAUUUUAUUUUACUUUCUAAUAAAGAAAUAUUGGAAUUUCUUGAUCGUAUUGCUCAUAUCGUAUUCCUAGCUCAACAACCAAACAUUACUGCACAUGGAUAUAUUGUCCGACAAGCCGUACGGGCAUUAUUCCUUAAAGGUGAUAAUAAUAAUACUUCUUCUUCUACUCCGAAGAAGGAACCUUUUAUGGGUAUACAUUAUUAUAAUUUACUGCGAGUUAUGCUUUCUUUACCAUCAUCAGAGACGGUAGAAGUAUUUGAUGGAAAUAUUGCUAUUUCUUCUUCUUCUUCUUCGGAUGUCUCUUCAGUAUCUCUUGAAGAGUUUUGUGUGCGGCGAUUGUAUAAUAAUAAUAAUAAUAAUAAUAAUAAUAAUAAUAAUAAUAAUAAUAGUGGUUGUGAUGGCUUAUCAGAGUCAUUUCCCUUCUUACAUGAGAUUGGACCUUUUCGUGCUGUUCGUGUGAUUGCAUGGUGUCUACGCUGUAGUGAAUCCCCUUUACUUGCAGGCGAAAAAGGUGGAAUGUCGUUUACAAGAUCCUCUUCAUCAUCUCCACCGAUUAGUGCUUUGCGUAUUCCUUUUGGUGUUGGAAAAGAAUAUACACAAAGUGUAUUGUUAGCCUUUUCACCUCCUCGUCAUUCUUCUUCUUCUUCUUCUGAGAAGGAAAUAUCAUCAUCAUUAUCAACAUCAACACCAUUUCGAGUUAAUGACUUGGCGACUCUCUGUAGAGCGAUUGUAUUUUACGAAAUCACUACAAUGGAAGCCCUUGAGGUUCUCGUGCAGGCCGCUCCUAUGUGUGCAAUGUGUGUAGAUGAACUCUCUGGUCAUCAACUCAGUUGUGUGAUGUUGGCCUACGCGACACUUAAAUAUCAUGGGGAUUUAAGUCAACAUCCUAUUUCUCAUACAAACUCUACACUUUCACAAACUCAAGGAAAACGACAAGAGGGGAAUUUCUUUCUACACCUUGGGGCUCGUGCGGGAAUGUUGGGAGAGCGAUUACGUGAAGAUGAUGCCGCACGUGUACUCCGGGCGUUGGAUUUGACGGGAAUUGAACAUGAAGGACUGCGGCGAUCAUUAGAGUCUAGUAUGCGUAUGCGGGGAUUACAACAUCGAUCUUUGCUUGUGCGGGGAUAA